AUAUGGGGUGGGUCGAAGCCUUUGACAGGACAGGGAAUGAAAAAAAAAAAAAAAAAGCAGGAAGUCAAAAGGGCAGGAUAUACCUUGUCAAAAGGCCAAUCACGAAGUCAGAGGCAGACCUCGAGUCCCCCUAUCACUACGGCGUUUUUAGAGAUCCAAUGGCAUUCCAUCUCAAUGCUGAGACUCGGCUGAGUCGACUCCAAACCAAAACCAAAAUUCCAUUCCCCGAGCAACCCAGGAAGGAACUCGCUGGAUUCAACCAGGUCCGGGCUCCUCCUACAUUCUGAUUUUUCUUUUUCCACAAUUUUCUAAUCCUUUCUCUCACCUCGCUUCCACGUGCUCACUCUCCUCCCCCGCUCCCCUCACUCCGAGUCCCAUAAAUUCCCCAUUCCCCUUCCUUCUCUGUAGCCCCGCCAACGUCCUGAUUUCGGAACGGGCUUGAUCGCCUAUUCAGACGAAUCCUCCCUAAUUGGUGCGAUUGCUCCGCUUGACGAAAUACCGCCGGAGAUUGGACGGUAUGGAUAAGUACGAGGAGGUGAAGGAUUUGGGAGCCGGCAAUUUUGGGGUGGCAAGGCUUAUGAGAAACAAGGAGACCAAGGAGCUAGUCGCCAUGAAAUAUAUCGAGCGUGGCCACAAGGUUUGUUGAUGUUAUCAUCAUCAUCAUCACUGUGUUUGACUACUUGCCAGAAAAUAAUAGUUUUAACGAAUCCUUUAAGUGUCAGAUUUAUCGCGGUUAUGUUGCAUUUGGAGGUUCGGAAUGACGAAGGACUUUAUGCAUUCUGACGAUUAGCUUAGGAUCCCCUGAUGUGGGAGUUCUGGUUUUGUAUCAAUUUGACAGGGUCUUGUUUCAUGAAGAAAAAUUAACAAAUUUCGCUAGUCUUAGCGAUCAAGCAGUACAGAUUGAUGAGAACGUGGCCAGAGAGAUUAUGAACCACAGGUCCCUUCGACACCCCAACAUAAUUCGAUUCAAGGAGGUCAUUUUGACCCCCACACAUCUGGCAAUAGUAAUGGAGUAUGCGGCUGGAGGAGAACUAUUUGAGAGGAUUUGCAAUGCUGGAAGAUUCAGUGAAGACGAGGCUAGAUAUUUCUUUCAGCAGCUGAUAUCUGGUGUCAAUUUCUGUCACGCCAUGCAAAUAUGCCACAGAGAUUUAAAGCUUGAAAAUACCCUCUUGGAUGGAAGUCCUGCUCCUCGCUUGAAAAUUUGCGAUUUUGGUUAUUCCAAGUCAUCUUUGCUGCAUUCAAGACCCAAGUCUACCGUUGGAACUCCAGCUUAUAUAGCACCCGAAGUUCUUUCUAGGCGCGAAUAUGAUGGCAAGUUGGCUGAUGUGUGGUCAUGUGGGGUGACUCUUUAUGUCAUGCUUGUUGGAGCAUAUCCCUUUGAGGACCAGGAUGACCCUAGGAAUUUCCGGAAAACAAUCCAGCGAAUAAUGGCUGUUCAAUACAAAAUCCCAGAUUAUGUUCACAUAUCUCAAGAUUGCAGGCACCUCCUCUCUCGCAUAUUCGUGGCUAAUCCGUUGAGGAGAAUAACUAUCAAGGAAAUUAAGAUCCACCCAUGGUUUCUAAAGAACCUUCCGAGGGAACUAACUGAAUCAGCGCAGGCAGUCUAUUACCAGAGAGACAAUCCAAGCUUUUAUGCUCAGAGUGUGGAGGAAAUAAUGAGAAUUGUUGGGGAAGCAAGAAGCCCACCUCCAGUAUCCAGGCCCAUCAAAGGUUUUGGUUGGGAAGGUGAAGAAGAAGGAGCGGAAGAUGAUGUGGAGGAAGAAGAGGAUGAAGAAGAUGAGUACGACAAGAGGGUGAAGGAGGUUCACGCAAGCGGAGAAUUUCAAGUCAGUUGAGCCACACAAUUCUUAUGCACUAGUUGAAAGCAUUAAAAUUGCAUGCCAGUUAAGUACCUAUUUAGAUGUAUCAUAAUUUCAUAAAGUCUAAUAAUAUAAACGUGAAAUAGGCUAACUUAAUGGCUAUGUUCAUGUACUGUCUACUUGCUUCGGCCAUCGAUUCCAUGCUUGAGCUGUCUUGUCCUGUUACGGUCAACGUUUACUCCUAUUUCUGUAGCAGAUGGCCAAAUGUUCUUUCGUAUUCUGCGUUUCUGCUGACUUGGUUGCUGUAAGAUUUAAAACAACAGAACAAUACAUGUAGAUAUUGACAGUGAACUGUGAAAAAGAAUGCAUGCACCUAGUAAAAGCUUUGGCAUUUGUGUA